AUGGAUGCGGACGGGUGGUACACACGAGGGAGUGUGCCGGGACAUGUUAUGCGAGAAACUCGCUGCUUUCGCCAGAGUUUCUACGCAGUGCGACGUAGUCGAGCAGCCGUGUAUCGAAGACGCAUUUCUGACGGCUGGGGGCUUAUCCACGCAGCCUCGCUGCCCCCGUCACCUGCAUCCCAUACGGAGAACGCAUUCACCUCUCAACUCAGCGAGCCGGCUGGGUGGUCGGACGCUUCUUAUCCUGACCUUGAGUUGGGCAAUGCCAACCCAACCUUAGAAUUGAGCGCCGUCACUUUUUCAGAUGAGCAGGAUGGAAAAUCCGAUCCAGAGACCGCGUUGGUUCCGGCUGCGAAACUCUCUCAGAAUUUGGGAGAGCGUCCAGUGGUAACCAAGAGCCGCGGCUCCGUAGGUUCGAGGGGGACUGUAGACAGUGUUAGCACGGAUGACCCCGACGCGACUCGCAGCGGUUUCUGGCCUCAGGGAGUCUCGAAUCAUAAUGGAGGCACCGGAUCUUUAGUUUUUCCUCGGCCGCACCGCUCGGUCGUCUGGGACUUGUCGCGCAACGGUGCACGUUUCAGUGAAGUCUGCGAGCGAGGAGGCGACGUACCAGAGUGGAAGGGCGGCGCCAGCUGCCCGCCGUCAGUUGUUGAUGGCGACAUCCACCUUGACCGAGGUUAUCAGUCGAACCCGGACGAACAGCACGGCGGCCCUUUUCUCCCACCGUGUGCACUCUGCGGACACGAGAGAAACUUGAACGGGAAACGACUCUCGGGUUCCGAGUCGCCCAGAAGUUCCGACGGCGACGAGACGGGCAGUUCUAGAGAUCUACAGCAGGGCGUCCGCUUCCCAGCUCGGUCGGAAAAAGAGGCGCAUUGGCCAAACUUCCAACUGGAAGGCGAAGCUGCAACGAGAAAGAGAGAGCAGCAUAAAACUCCCGUGCCUUCAUCCAUCCAGAGUCGCCUUCUCCAGUCUGCAGGGGAGCCGCUGCCUCCCGACCUCGCCUUUGUCGGGCGCAGACGCCAGACCUUAGUGCGAUCUUCACUUGCGCAGAGGUUGUCUUUUCAGACGCGGAACAAGAGGCAAAAGGCAAAGGAGUGUGCUUCUCGUGUUCUUUUCCCACCGCCCGAACCAGCUCGAGUGGUGUACUGUUUCCGACGGGCGCAAACUGGUUUUUGACGACAAACGACCUACGGAACUUCCAGAAGAAGCAGUGCUAAUCUA